AUGAAAUGCGCAAGACUCCAUCUUCAACAGAGAGUGAAGGGCAAGUCGAAGAAUGAGAGCCGUCUGGUUGAGAAGCCUCGGAGAUACUGCCAGAGAAAACUUGUCAAUCCCCAACAUGAGGAAGAUCCAAGAUGGAUUGAUAUUUUCGAUAGAUUCCACUGCAACGCGCGCGGUGACCACCUAACCGAUGCCAUCGACAGCGUACGAGCUCAAGAUUCAGAUGACAUGGUCCUAACAGUACAAACCCUCAAGUUCCAAGGUGAUGUCGACCAAACUACGCGACCACGAACCAGCUUCAAAUACAAGAAGAACACAGAUGUGAACAAACACAGAAUGUUUGUCAAACAAGCUGUCAGUGAGAACGAACUGACUGAUGAUGAUAGAUCCUCACAGCUAACAUAUUACUACUUUGAUGAAUACUUGAAAUACCUAUACAAUACGGACAGGUCGAGACCCACAUCUGCUAAAUCCAGCAUAUUCUUAAAAGGCUACAGUAAAGAAAGAGAGAACAAAGCAACACAAGUUGAAAUUAACAUGGACGACAAGAAAAACCGUAAAGAACCUAAAAUUAAAACAAAUCCAAAAAAAUCUCCCAAACUACAGAUGAAAGAAGAAAUUAGAGACGUCCCUGAAACUAUAGAAAACACGAAAAUUACUUAUCAAAAAACGGGGAAGAGAAAAAGUCUCACAAUAUCGCGGGCUCAAAGCCCUGAGACGGUUCAAGUAAUUAGAGUGGAUGUUGUUUGUAAUUACUCGAACUCCACAUCAGAUUAUGACGAUAAUAAAAAGGCCGAAUGUUCAACCGACAGAUCGGAAAAGUUCAGAGAUGAUUCAGUUUUGAAAAACAGUUAUUUCGCUAACAAGUACAGUAAUCAUUUUGCAACUAAAUACCUUUUGACGAAUACUGUGAAGUCGUUAGAUGAGAAUCUAUCGGGAGGAUCUAAGGUGACGUUGCUUUGCAAAACUUUUAAGCUUUCUGAUCGUAAUAUUACUGAGAAGCCGGAACAAACUCGAAAGUUUACGAGAAAAAAUAAGAAGAACAACAAAAUUAGGAGCAAUAAAAUUAAACAUCAUGACGUGGUUUACUAA